AGCAGCCAUGGAUGUGGGUUUCUUGGGCCUGUCAGAUGUGUCUCAGAGUCAUAGCAAGACCUUGUGGGGGGCUCGGGGCAGGGGCCCCACCAUACGUCGCCAGCGGGAGUUCAUGCCAGAAGAUAAGAAGGACACAGUUUACUGGGAGAAGCGGAGAAAGAACAAUGAGGCAGCCAAGAGAUCCAGGGAAAAGCGACGUCUCAAUGAUGCAGCCAUUGAGGGCAGGUUGGCUGCACUGAUGGAGGAGAAUGCCCUGCUCAGGGGUGAGCUGAAGGCGCUCAAGCUUCGCUUUGGCCUCCUGCCCCUGACUGGUGGGCCCCAGGCCUUGCCCCUGCAGGCCGUGCUAUGGGAAGCCCCCUGGACUGGGGACCUCCAGCCUGGGGCUGAAGCACUGUCAUCCUUGUCUGGCUCUCACAAUUGCCUUUUAAGGCCAUGUUCCCUGGAUGCUGGGAUUCCAGGAUGUCGGGGCUGCCUGCUGGCUCCCAGAUGGACUGACUUGGCCACUUCUCCUAAGUCCCCCCAAGAGUCUGCACCUCCUACCCUCAACAGAAUUGACAUGGCCUUGCACACUGCCCUCCCACCUGCCCUCUUCAGCUGUCACCUCUUGGAUGGGCAUGUCAGGUCCAGACCAGAGCUCAGACCCUGCUGGGGGCUGUGGUCACCAAUGCCCUCUAGAUGCCGGGCUUCAGGGCCAUCAGAUAUGUUGCUGACGCCCACUGCUGAUCCCAUGGGUCUGUCUCCUGGGGUGACCUGCCCUGUCCCAGGGAACAGUCAUGAGGGUCUGGGUCAGCCCUCUCUGCCCCACAAACUGCGCAUCAAAUCCCGAGCCUCAGGCAGGGUACCUUGUGGCUGGGAGGGUGGUCAGACCCCCCUCUGAGGGCUUCCUCUGGGAAAGGCUAGGCUUGCAAGGGAGUGUUUGGGGGCUGAAUAUAGGUUGGUCUGAGGGAUGAGUAGCUUGGUCUUGAUUAGCAAUCUGGGAAGGCCUGUAGGAAGUAGGGGCACCCUGGCUUGGAGGGUCCACUUCACAGCUUCCAUACCAGACCUCCUAGGGGAGGAGAGUGGGAGCCCAUCUUGGAUUCUACUAUGGCUCUUGCCUUGCCCUAACAUCUACGCUUUGGGUUGUCACUUUUCCCUUUCUUCCUCCUUUCCAUUUAUCCAUUCUUCCCUAUAUCCAUCCAUCCAUUCAU